AAGACAAAAAUUAUGAAUACCAAAGAUUUUGUAGUUCUUCCAUGGGGAAAACCUGGGAAUUCUAUAAAACUGAAAUAUAAAAAUGCUCAAGAAUUGCGAAUGGAGAAGGUGCGGUUAGAAAAGGAAAAUGAAGAGAUGGAAAAGAAACUACAAAAAUUCCGAUCUGCAAGGAGCAAAGAAAAGGAAGAAAUAGGGUCAAGUGGAUAUCACUGGAAGUCUGGAAAAGUGGGCAAAUUGAGUAAUCAAUCACACAUGAUGCUGCAAAAUAAAGGAAAUUCUAUUAAGCUUUCAGCCGGAAAUGUGAGAUUAAAGUUACUGAAGGAGCAGAUUCAAGAGUCAGAGAAAAAUCCAUCUAUUUAUAAAAUGGCAAAUUCUUCCAGAAGUGAAAAGCCCAAGAUAAAAGGGAAAGUUUGCGGCCAGUGUGAGGACAAAGCUGCUCUACUAGUUUGCCUUGAAUGUGGGGAAGAUUAUUGUUCAGGAUGCUUUGCUAAAAUUCACCAGAAGGGGGCACUGAAGCUCCACAGAACAACUCUUCUGCAGGCAAAAUCUGAAGUAUUAUCCAGUGUAUUGGAUGUAGCCCAUCAAUUUAUAAAAGAAGCUAAUCCAGAUGAACCCAAAGUGGAGAAUACUUCUACAAAAGAGAGCAAUAAAACUCAGAAUAAACUUCAACCUGUACUGCAGGGGAACAGUUCAGGGGUGGAUAUUGCCAUAACAAAGAAAGUAGAAUGUACAAAUCCAAGAGAGAGGCUCUUGCGUGAAGGGUCAUUCAGUGAAGAAGCUUCUGCCCAGUCCUUUCAGGAAGUGUUAGGUCAGUGGAGAGCCGGAAAUCAUGAAGACAAGAAACAGAACUUACAUGCAACGAAACUAGACUCUUUGGGAGCAUGUGAAGUACAGACUAAUCUGAAAAUUUGGAGAGAACCACUUAAUAUUGAAUUUAAAGAAGACAGUCUAUCCUACAUGGAAAAAUUAUGGCUUAAAAAACACAGGAGAACUCCUCGGGAGCAACUUUUUAACAUGGUGCCGAGUACAUUCAUAAAUCCAUGUAAAACUUCUAGUGAGGCACAGUGUUCUCAGAGGGAAAAUGAUGAAGACAGUGAUGAUCAAUCAAGCCUGGUACAAAACCCAGCUCUUUUUCUGCCAGUAGAAGAAUUAAUUAUUGAGAGACCUGAACCAUCUCUAAAGAUAGUUGAAUUGGAUGAUACAUAUGAAGAGGAUUUUGAAGAACCAGGAAACGUUGUACCAUACAAAGUUGAGUUAGCUGAUGCAGACAGUCAACAAAGUUGUACAAUUUGUGAUUAUCAGAAUAGCUUCCUGUAUGAAAAUGACAUCCAUCAACAUCAUGUUUUAAACAAGGGAAGACCAGUUAACUUGCAUCUUUGUCUGAGAAACAGCUUUACAUAUUGCAAAGAUAACUUAAAAGCAGGAACUUCAAAUGCAGAUUUUGACAAUGUGGUGGAUUUUGAUGUUUAUUCUGACAUUGAUAAAAUAGCAGAAAGCAACUCUUUUAAAAGAAAUGUAAAAGAGAAAAGUAUGGAUGGAGAAAGUAAUCAAAAAUCUGAUUAUUCCUGCAUAUCACUUGAGAACAAGGGUUCUUUGGCAAAUAAUACAGAUUUAGGAAAACCUCCCAUUGAAGAGAAAUUAAUUCAAGAUAUCAAUGAUUCCUUGGAAUUUAGCAAUCUGCAUAAGAGACCAAACUUUGAAGAUUCUAAAACAACAGAGUCACCACUGUUGUUACAAGAAAUAGCCCUCAGAAGUAAGCCUAUAAUUGAGCAAUAUCAAGGACUUGAAAGAUUCUUUAUUUUUGAUAAAAAUGAAAGACUCAACUUACUUUCUUCUCAUAGCUUAGAAUGCAGCUAUUCCAGACCUUGGAAUACAUUUGCAGGGGACAGAGAAUGGAUCCCAGACCACAGCCUAAGUACACAUGCUGAUAAUGCAGUUGCCUUGUGUGUUCUGAAGAGUGUCCAGAAUCUAUCUUCAAUAAGAAAACAACAAAAGAUAGACCAGAAAUCACAGAGACCCUCAACAGCAGAUUUGCCAGUUUCCAAUUCUGUUACAAAAUGCUCCAGAUGCCUUUCAUCCUCUCAUUCUCAAUCAAGUAGUGCAGCUGCUCAAUCACCAUCCAGAGCUGCAUCUGAAGUUUCAGAAAUUGAAUAUGUUGAUACUGCUGACCAGAAUGAACCUUUCUUAGAUGACGCUGCUGAUCAACAAACCAUAGCAAGUUUGGAAAAAGAAUUAAAUGUGCUGAGAAAUCUUGCAGAUCCUUCAGAGAAACUUUACAGCCCAACCUCAGAAGAGUUACCAGCCUUCAACAGCCUUUUGCUGGAUCUAAGUCAGACUUCCACAGGCUGUGUUACAACCACCCAAGUGAGGGGUCCCUGUGGAGUUGAGGACUGGAGGUCUUCUGGAAAAGAUACUGCAGUCCAGUCUUCGCUGUCACUUUCUGAGAGCAGUACAGAUGAGGAAGAUUUGAUUGAUAAGCAACAAGUCAUCACACUACCAUGGUCGGAGAGUACUUAG